UUCAAAGUUCUCAGAUAUAAUAGCACAAAUUCUACUUCUACAGUCACUGAAUUGGAUCUAACUGGGAAUCGAAUAAGAACAGUUGAAGAUUCCAGUUUUUUACCAUUUUCCAAUCUUCUCCGACUAUCGCUUAGUGACAACAGAAUAAGAAAUCUAACAAGACAGAUGUUCACUGGACUCUAUAGUUUGCGCUCCCUGUCUGUUUCAUCAAACUAUAUCAACUUUAUUCCCGAUGAUACAUUUGAUGACCUAAGUACACUUGUCAGCCUUGACAUUAGUAGAAACCAGAUAAUCUACAAGGAUUAUGACCUAUUGCCUGUUCGUAUUUUCAUCCCGUUGAAAAAUCUAGAAAAAUUAUAUAUGAUUAACAUCUGAGAAAAAGGAACCUACCUGUGUGGAACAUACCCCAACAAUGCUCUUCAGGUACUAAGGAAUCUAACAUUUCUUAGCAUCGAUGGGGCAGAUAGACGUGGCUUAGGACCAGAAGUUAAGAGCCUUGUACAUUUGAGGCAUUUGAUAAUAACAUCACCAAGAACAGAUAACUUUACUGACGAAUCCUAUUUUGAUAACGUACCUUUCAUAACGACGCUACAAUUGUCCAUACUCAGCCCGUACAUAGAUCCAAAGGCGUGUAGAAAACUUAAAAACUUGGUUAACUUAACAUAUGCGCCCGGAACAGCUUCAGAAAACAACAUAUGCCAGGUUUUGAGUGACAUUCAAUAUCUGCUGAAUUCUUCUUUAACAUAUUUAACAUUGCGUCACAUCAAUGACCGAGCGUGCGGUUGCAAAGAACUCAGAGCCAAAGACGCCAAGUACUUAACAAUGUUAAAGUUGGUUGAGCUUGACCUGUCUGGGAACUACCUUACCUACCUGAGUCCAGAUUUCAUUGCAAUGUUACCAGCAUCGUUAAAGAAGAUCGAUUUAAGUAGUAACGGCUUGCCCUAUACAAUAUUUGACAGCUUGGAUAAGUUCCCAAGGGAACUCAUCGAAUUAAACCUUAACAACCAGUACAAUGUUUAUUAUCCAUGCCAUGAUGAUGGCGGAACUAGUUCACGUCACGUGACGAAGUUGUUGAAUGGGACAGAAAAUGAACAUUCCUCAAACAUAUUCUUAAUUUCUGAAAUACGGAAAUCGGGAAAAUUCUUUAAAAUGCAGAACCCCAAACAAAAAAAGAAAAAAAUUAACACAGAGACCAUCGAAGUUUCAAAAGAUUGUCUCCCUCCUAAAUUACGAAUUUUGCGGGGAGACAAAUUUAGACAGUUUGGACAUUUUUUGUUCUUCUACUGUGAUAUGUUUCCUAACUACUCACUGAGGGAGUUAAGUCUUGCUGGUGGGGAUUUUAAGACUUGGGCUUCUCUGAGUUUAAUGCCUGGUCUUGAAAUAGCAGAUUUUAGCGGCAACUACGCGGACUAUUUCAACAUUUUUUUCUUCCCACAGAACAGCUCAUUAAAGUACCUCUUAUUUUCUAACAAUUUAUUGGGAACUGCUUUUCAAUACGAUACGGAAAGUUUGUUUUUCGUAAACACGAAGCGACUUAUUGCCCUUGACAUGUCGAGUAAUUUCAUCACAGAACUGGCCAAUGAUUACUUAAAAAGUCUGGCCGAACUUCAAAUUCUAGACAUUUCCAAAAACAAACUUCAGAUGAUAAACAUCAGUUUUGCUCAUAUGACUGAAAUAAGAAUUCUUGACUUCAGUACGAACUCAAUAACAUCGAUCAGUAAGCAGUCUCGAGACGAACUGGAUUCCAUAGCAACCGACCAUCGGGUUUAUCUCGAUUUGACCUCUAACCCUUUACCGUGCACGUGCGAAGGACUUGAGCUGAUGAAAUGGAUGACCUUGACCAAUGUUUAUCUUUUGAACAAGGAUUUUCUCGUGUGUAGGAAUGAGUACAAUCAAGUGUUGGAAAUUGGAGAUCUCGCCCAACGCGUGGAAACUUUACAGCGUCAAUGUGCUUCAAAAAUUGUCAUAAUACUCAGCUGUGUUUUUUCUUUUAUUGUAUUCGUUAUUUUGUUGCUCGCUUCCCUGAUGUAUCGAUACCGAUGGAAGCUGAGAUAUUUACGGAGCAUAGCUUUGGUCAAAAUGGUUGGCUCCAGACCCGGCGCUGUCAAGAUCGGGUACAAAUUCGAUGCUUACAUUCUUUACUCAGACGACACCAGGAGAUUUGUCGUACGCGACUGUGUUCGUGAGCUAGAAGAGAAAAGAGGUCACCGUCUGUGUAUUGAGGAGAGAGACUUUCUACCGGGUACCUACAACGUGUCCAACAUCGUCAGUGGCGUGCAGAACAGUGCCAGGACUGUUGCCAUGGUAACACCGGAGUUUUACCAAGGCGAGUAUUCCGAGUAUGGCGUCAAGAUGGCGCUGAUGGAAGAAAUAUUCAUGCACCGUUCCGUGCUCUUCCUGUGCAUGUACGAACCAACCGAUAACAGGGAUUUAUCACAUGACCUGCUCACCGCCAUGAAACAAAAUAACUACAUUGAAUUCCCGCCAAGAGACGAAGCGUCUGAUGAAAUGAUGGACGACUUUUGGAAUCAGCUCUCACGUGCUAUUGGUCGAAGUAUUCGAGAGGAGAUGUGA